GCCUCAAGACCUGGAGCUCUUCACAAGGUCCAAGCUCUGCAAUCAGCUGGUGUCCUUUGUGACCGAGCUCGCGGAGGCCGCAAAAGGCCUGCCUUGCGAUCCAGCCAGAAAAUCCACAGCAUCUCCACUAGUGAUGGCUCUCUCUGGCAUCCUAGAUGAAAUGGAGAGUUGGAUUGAAGAUUUUCCACCACUUCAUCAACCGAUGCGCUUCGGAAACAAAGCUUUUCGAAGCUGGCAUCAAAGACUAUGUGAACGCAGUGAAGGUUUGCUUACACAAGCUUUGGGUCAUGCGGCCCCUGAGCAUGCCAAAAAGGCUGAAGCGUUGGCGAAAGAGCUCUCGUACUACUUGCGCGGCGCCUUUGGCGAUGAGAGGCGGAUUGACUAUGGAACUGGUCAUGAAGUGGCAUUCCUGGGGGUACUCUUUGCAUUGGGAGCGACAGGCGUGCUAGCGCGUGCAGAUGCCGCUGAUGCCGUUCUCAUCGUUUUUGCAGACUAUAUCAGAGUUAUGCGGAAACUGCAGAAGGUCUAUGUCUUGGAACCAGCAGGUUCGCACGGAGUUUGGGGACUAGACGACUAUCACAUGCUUCCCUUCCUCUUUGGGGCUGCGCAAUUGAUUGGAAAGGAGGAGGAGGUCCCCACUGGGGAGGUCUACCGAGAGAAGAUAGUGGAGAAGUAUGCUGACCAGUAUUUGUAUGUUGAUGCCAUUCGCCAGGUUUUGCUGGCGAAGAAAGGCGCUCCAUUCCAUGAGACAUCGCCGAUGCUGUAUGAUAUCACUUCAGUACCAGAUUGGCAACGCACGUUGGGAGGAAUGGUGAAGAUGUGGAGGGCGGAGGUCUUGGGGAAGUUCCCAGUCAUUCAGCACUUCCUCUUCGGUCCAACCCUGCAAUGGCCAGCGUGAUUGCCUUUGCGCUGUCGAAUGAGCAAUCCAGAGAGUCACUGUCAGAGUCAGCUUUCCAAAGAUGGAAGCUGCUCGAAGCUGCUGCUCUGGUGCUCG